AUGCAGAGCAGCAUUGGCACUUCGUUAAAUGUAAGGGCUCUUGGUUCCGCUAAUGGCGAGCUACUGAAUUUAUAUUUCGACUUAUCCAUCCCGGAGAUUUUUCGACUUAUCCAUCCCGGGUUACUAGGCACGCUAGGAAAAAAUAUGUUUAACGCUAAUCUUGGAGACUGGCAGCCCGAGAGGAAGGUGCGGUAA